AUGUUUAAAUUGGAGCUAGUUCAUUUGGCAGCUACACUUUUACAUCCUAGAUAUCGACUUCUGAAAAGGUGUUCGUUAUAUGGAGUACGAGAAUGUCAUUUAUAUAUUCGUCAACGUAUGGCACAAAUCAAAUCAAUGAAAAAGAACAAAUCGAAAUCUGAUACUUCAGAAGAACGUUCUUCAAUGGUUAAUAAUGUAACAUUAGAUGAACCAGUAAAGAAAAAAUCCAAACGAUUUGGAGAAGAUUUCGAGACUGGAAAUCUUAGUGAUGAAUUUGAUAAUGAAUAUGAUUGA